AUGGUCACUAAAAUCUUCGGUCUUGCCGCCGGGCUACUUGCGUUGAGCGGGCUUGCCAACGCCCAUGGCUCGCAUUCCAAUGACGGAGCUUCCACAGAUGAUUGGGCCACGAAACACAUGAUAGAGGAACACCACAUUGAAUCUUUUGACCCGACCUCAUUCUUCAUCCUUCACGAUUACGAUUCCUCGGGAGCAUGGACACCUGACGAAGUCCGCAAGACAUAUGGUCUGAACGAUGAAUCCAAUGCCGAUGUCACUGAACAGAUGAAACAAGAUGCUGCGCGCGCAGUGUUUGAGCUUUUCGACACUGGAAACACCGGGUUUAUUGACCGCGAAGACUGGCUGGCAGGCAUUGCGGCAGGGAAACGGCUGCCAGAUCUUGGUUACGGCCCCGGACACCAUGGUGACAUCGAGUAUGAGUACGAGAUCCAUCACUUUGAGAAGUACCACGGCGAUGAUGCCACGGAGGAGGACUUGACCCACCCCGAGGAUAUUGAGCACUUCCGCAAGCAUGACGAGCAGGAGGAUGCUGCUAUUGCCCUCGAAAAGCUGGAGCAGAUUCAAAUUGUCGAAGGCAACAUUCCUCAAAAGUUCCGCCGAAAUUUCUAG